CCCAGCAGCCGAAUGGGGGAGAAAGAGUGAAAGGAAACUUAGCCUGUUGUUUUCAAACUUCAGAGGAAGAGAACUCGACAAACUUUCAGAUCGAACCUUUGCGCAGAGAACUGGCCUCGCUCGAUAACUUGUAGUUGCAGAAGUUUGCAGGAGGCCUGUGCUCGUUAGGAAAUUCUUCUGGGGAUUGUUGAAGGAGCUUUUACCGAGAUUAGUGUCUUUGUGCUGUUUCACGUGAAAGAGCCUUUAUAAAGGCGUCGCGCUGCAGGAGGACACGUCUGCGACCAAACUUUGUUCAGUGCACGGUGUGAAUGAAGUCGUGCGUCUCAUCAUGGCUUCGUUUACGUUACCGGAGGGUUUCACGGACUUUGACAUGUUUACAUUCGGCACAGCGCUUCUGGUCGGAGGGAUGCUCGGCUUCGCCCUGAACGCCAUCAGCAUCGUGUCUUUCCUCACGGUGAAGGAGAUGCGGACUCCCAGUAACUUCUUUGUCUUUAAUCUUGCCGUGGCCGACCUCUGUCUGAAUAUCAACGGACUCACGGCUGCUUACGCCAGCUACCUCAGAUAUUGGCCGUUUGGUCAAGAUGGAUGUGGCUAUCACGGUUUCCAGGGGAUGAUAUCGGUCCUGGCCUCCAUCAGUUUCAUGGCUGCCAUCGCUUGGGACAGAUAUCACCAGUACUGUACCAGACAGAAGCUGUUCUGGAGCACGACUCUGACGAUGAGCGGAAUAAUCUGGAUUCUCUCCAUCUUUUGGGCCGCUGUUCCUCUGAUGGGAUGGGGCGUCUAUGACUUUGAGCCGAUGAAGACUUGUUGCACGUUGGACUACACCAGAGGAGACAGAGACUAUGUGACCUACAUGUUAACUCUGGUCGUGCUCUACCUGAUGUUCCCAGCUUUCACCAUGUGGUCGUGUUAUGAUGCCACCAACAAAUACUUCAAGAAGGUCCAUCACCACAGGUUCAACACCAGUUGGCCGUUGAGAGUCAUGCUGAUGUGCUGGGGCCCCUACGUCCUCAUGUGUAUCUACGCUUGCUUCGAGAACGUGAAGGUGGUGUCUCCGAAGCUGCGAAUGAUUCUUCCAGUUCUCGCGAAGACAAAUCCGAUCUUCAACGCCCUGCUCUACUCGUUCGGAAACGAGUUCUACCGAGGCGGCGUGUGGCACUUCCUCACCGGACAGAAGAUGGUGGAUCCAGUUGUUAAGAAGUCCAAAUAAAAAGGAAACUUCUGGCAGAAUGUCAGGACCACAUCAUUGUUUGCCCUCAUGAUAGGUUCCUCAUACUGUUUGGUUGGGUAAGGUAAAUGUCACUGUUGCCUGUACAGUUGUAAUAUUGUCACGUAGAUGAAAGCCAGGAUGAUCCUCACGCUAGAUUUGUGUUAAUCUUAACAAAUACGCUGCAGGAAAUUGAUCCAUUUUCAAACUACUGCAUUCUCACUGCACUGCUCCUCCGUCCAUAAUAAAACCAACGUGUUGCUGCUCUUCUACUUCGUGCUCCAUCUAUUCACAGAGCCCUCAUGUCAGCAGCUGAUUUUACUAAGAAGAGAACUAUAUUGUGAUUUUGUUGUGAAGACCGCUUGAGGUGAUGUAACCUCUAUAUAUAGGAAGGAAAUCAUUUCCUGUGUUAAGACUCCGUUAAGCGAUUAUGGAGUCGUCAACGUCUAAGGUAACGUGAACGUAAUCACCUUUAGGCAGCUGAUUAUCGAAAAUCUGUACACUGAUAGUUAACUUCGGCUGAUAUUUGGUUUUAAACAUUUUACCCUAAGCUUAACUUUUUCCUUUAUAUAUUAUAUAGAGGCCACUGAAUGAUGGAGAAACCUUCAAGAUCUAAAUAAAGAUCUGUUUGUUGGCAAAAGGUUGUAGAUCGAAUUAUUGAGAGGAAGUUGUGCAGGAAGAAAUUUAAGGAUUAAAUAAUAUAAUUGUUUACAGUGACAAAUGCAGCCACGUGAAUAAUACCAGCAUUAAAAUAUACAUUUGUACACUU